AUGUCUAAACCUGUAGAAAAACCUUACGGGAUAACCAAUAUCAAAUCUGUCGUGCCUUUGCCGCUUGAUCUUGAGCGGUUAAACUAUGAUGCUUGGAGGGAGUUAUUCCAAACUCACUGCAUCAGUUAUGGGGUCUCUGAUCAUCUCGUUAUUGCCAAAGACAAACCGGAUGAUGAGGAAUGGAAUAGAAUCAAUUACGUUGUUAAGUCUUGGUUAUAUGCCACCUUAUUCGAAUCGCUACUUCAAAUGAUUUUGAAGAGAAACGCAACUGCUAGUCAAAUAUGGAAGAAUCUUGAAGACCUUUUUCGUGACAACAAAGACGCCAAAGUGAUUCAACUCGACAAUGAGCUUCGAAACAUUGUCAUGGGAGAUUCUUCUGUUACUGAUUACUGUGCCCGCAUAAAUUCCAUUGCAUAUCUCCUUGAUAACAUUGAAAGCACCUGUACCAUAAAAGAAUAG